GCAUCUCCAAUUUCUUGCCACCACAGACGGAUGUUUCAGUGAAGUAGUUUUGCUCCAACCUCUCUGCCAUCUGCCAUGCGAUGGGCGCUAGAGCACAUCCCGUUGAGGAAGUCGGUAGCUAGGGGUGGAGGAGCAAAGUUCAAGUUAACAACGUUGAUGUUUAAUGGUAGCUACUAGAGAUCCUGGAUGCUGACUCUGCCUAGGUUUUCACAAUACCUGGACCUCAAAGAUGAGCUGCUUUUGAUGCUGAAAUGCACUGACACGGCACUACUUUGUGACAUCACACAUCAGUCAUUGAUAAGACAGGACCUGAGUAACCUGAGUAAGUCAUCAGACGUCUGUUAUCAGAACCACAAGAAGAGGAACGCAUGUGUUUCAGGUUUUCCUGCUAUUACUGAGAAGACGUUGCUCUUGAUGCCGGAAUGCCCUGAAACUGCACCACUUUGUGAUGACAUCAAACAUCAGAGAAACUACAUCCAAGGUGCCUUGGGCCUAUUUAGAAUGUACUAGGCUGUUCAAUGAGUAAAAAAGGUUAUAUGGGCAAUUCCAUGCUGGUGGAGACACAAGACCAAACAAUUAUUUUACGAUUUGUUCUCGUUUGAUUUGCUGAAGUGACAUAAUAUAGCUUGGCGUUUUUAAAACUGAAAUAGUUUCGUCCCAUGCGCGCACUUUUUGUGAGUUACGGUACACCAUCACAUCAAAGUCUGCAAUGACGUCAUGAUGACUUAUGGAUGCACUGGUAAGUAAUUUUGAAGUUGUCUUUUGCUAUCUAUUCAGUAAUAUUUUUCUCAAUUUGCUGUGUUACCAUUUUAAGGGUGUUUGGAUAUUAUUUGUAGUUUUUAAUUUUAGUCAGAUUUUGCUUGUAAAAUGAUGUACAAAUCUAAUUAUUUAUAAGUCACCAAAAUGGAUUUGUUUUUUUUUGUAAAUACCUACAUUUUUUACCAAUGAAUUAUUCUGUUAAAAGUUUCUUAGCUUGAGUUUUGAGAAGUAUAUUUAAAACUAGAAUUUUGUUUACAUUUUUGUUUUAUGCUUAGACCAGCCAUGAAAUAUUGUAAUGUCAGCCACAUGUAAUGUCAUGCAGUCACAAUCUCUUAGCGUAACGUAGUGCCAGUCACAUUAUUGCACAGUCCAUAGUUGAGGAAAAUGCAAGUACACAUGUUAUUUAAGUCCAUACACAUACAAGUAGUCAACUCUUUGAACCAAAAUGCAACUGAGUGCCAAGCCACUGUCUGAGCAACUUACAUAUUAUUCACAAAAUGAGUCUUUUUAAAAUUUAAUUUGGACAUCUGUAACCCUUUGAUAAAACGAAAAAUAUAUUUGUUUUGCUUUUGGGCACAAGUAGUCUAUCAUUGUCCAUUCUGAUGGGGUGGGGUGGGGGAAGUCUUCCCUGUGAGAACUGAAUUAUUGUUUGGCACCAAAUAGUUUGAUAUUCAUAAUUCCCUAUUUAUUACUAAACAUUGGCUAACUUAUUUCAUUUGUUUUGUUGUUGGUACAUUGGAUAACUUUGGUAUUGCUAGAAAAAUAGCAAGUAAAAUUGUGUUAAUGUAAACAUGUACAAAUUAUGAUUAAUUCUGUUGAAUAUUUUAUAUUUUCAGGAAAGAUGUACAGCCAAGUUGCAACUUGGAGAGAGAAAGACACAGCAGAAACAAAACUUGGAGGAAAAGGAUUGUAUGAAGACCACAAGAGGAACAAAUGAAAGAGGAAUAGACAGAAAAGAACAGAACAUGAGGAGUUUCAUAAGUGGGCAGGAAUAAAACUAGGAGAAAAGUAGUUAGAAUUGAGCAUGGAAUUUGUUGAACAUGUUGAGACCUCAAAAUUUGUAAUAACACAGAAAAUAUGAUGCAAGUCUAUUUACACAGUUUUUAUUGGAGACAACUGUACUAUUAUUAUGGUCGCUUUGCAAAAUUUCUUACUUAAUUAGCUUUAUGAUCAGUUACUUUUUGGUGUUGAUGGUAUAUACAUGUAGGUUUUUUAUUAUGUUUUUGUUUUUGAUAAAUUCUAAAAUUCUUUGAGUUUGGAUAUUGAAAAAUUAUUUUUGGUCUCGAAUACAGUCACUGUUGGAAAUUAUAAAGAAAAUAAAACUUGACCUUAACAGAAACUUUUCAAUUCACAGUGUCUCAUUUCUCAAUUAUUAUGACUAUAAAAACUUUCAUUUUACAUCUUUGUACAUGUAUAAAGUGUUAUACUGGCUAUAAAUUAUAUGAGAAAUAAAAUAUGACAUCCAUUGGCCUUUAACAUGAAGAGAAAUUCCCAAUUUGAUCUGUCAUUUGUUUCCUGUGUUGCUUUUAUGUAAUGUCGGUCACAAUAAAGAAAGAGUUCUGUAAGCGAAGGACAGAAAAGAUCAAUGCGUCUACAGGUUGAAAAAUGUAAAAACACUUCAUCCCCCCAAAAAUGAUGCGUAUUGGAAUUAUAUGAUGCGGCUGAUUAGUGUA